AUGUCUCAACAGAUGCUAAGUCGCUGGAUUAAGCGGGAGAACAGCUCGUCUCCCGUGCCAGACGCGGCAGACGAUGCCAAACCCGCGGAAAACCACUAUGAGAACGGCAAGUCGCGCUCCACGCCGUCGAGUGUGUCCCACGCGUCGUCCAUUGACGCGUUCAGAUAUUCCUCCACUGCUGGAUCGCUGACCCGCUCCAGAUUUGCAGAGAAGCUGAAGGGAUACAAAGUCGGGACCCGGAAAAGGCCAUUAAGCGAGGACGGCGAGGACGCUCCGAAAAAGGCGAAAUUAAGCAAGCUGACGCCGCUCGAACAGCAGAUAUACGAGCUCAAAAUGCAGCAUAAAGACAAACUGCUGGCCAUCCAGGUUGGCUACAAAUACAAGUUCUACGGCGAGGACGCCCGUGCCGCGUCGCAGAUCCUGAACAUCAUGUACAUUCCAGGACGGCUGUUCUUCUCUAAAAGCGACGACCUGUACGACAAGCUGGCCUACUGCUCGAUUCCCGACGUGAGACUGCACGUUCAUCUUAAACGGCUGCUGAAUGCCGGCUACAAAGUCGCCGUGGUCGACCAGAACGAGACCGCGGCCAUCAAGUCCACAACGUCGUCGAAAAACAAGCUGUUCGAGCGACGCGUCAGUAAAGUGUACACCUCGUCCACGUACAUUGACAACGAGGACGUGAUUUCUGGCGGCCGGUUUGUUGUCGCGCUGACAGAGACCAAGAAUAGGGAAUCCGCCGUGAUCUCGCUGGUUGCUGUCGACGUGUACUCGGCAGACAUUAUAUACGACGAGUUCGAGGACAAUUUUGUGCGCAACGAGCUGGAAACCAGACUAGGCCAGGGUGACAAAGGCUUACUCGCAGGUCACCGAUGUUCUGAACGAGCACCUGUGCAGCCAGGCCUUUGA